AGUAAUUUGGACGUUUUCAUUGGAGAAUAUUUAUAGUAGACGACGGGAUUCCGUUCAGCUUUGAGGACUACGUUUCCAAUGGCGUAGAAAGGAAAAUACUCCCUCGACCAAAUCCCGAAACAUCAAGACCAUCUGUUUCUCUUUUUAGCGGAAUAUAAACAACCAGCUGAUCAUCUGAGGAGCUGUCAAGAGAAGGGCAGACUGAAAGCAGCCCUUCAAACUCUGUUCAGCCAUAAUGCAGCGCCGCAUUGAUGAACAGGUUCCUGCUUCAGGCUUACAAGGACAGAGCAGAGUAGUACGAACAACGGACUAUCCACGUGUCAUUGCACCAGGCCAGCCUAGAUAUGAGGGCACUGAGAGUGCUCUUCCCAUGUCUUUUCCAUUGCAGAGUUAUGGGCAGAUUGCCCAGCAAGGCCAUCUUGCUACCCCAGUUCACACCAGCAUGGCUGCUGCCACUCUGACUACUGUCUCACAUGGUGGUGUUGGUCCUGCACAAGGUCUGCAUCAGUCAUCUGUUCACCAAGCUACUCCCACUGGCACCCUUAGCAGUGUCACUGGCCCACAACAGCAGCAGCAGUUUCAGCGUCUGAAGGUAGAAGAUGCGCUUUCUUACCUUGAUCAGGUGAAACUCCAGUUUGGCAGUUCUCCACAAGUGUACAAUGACUUCUUAGACAUCAUGAAGGAGUUCAAGUCACAACGUAAGAUUAGCAUAUAA